CAGAUAAAGCAAAGCGUGAUUUACUGGGUUUCCCCCGUUUGCCGUCACACACAUGCAUAUACACACAAACUGUGUAUCCAUACAAAAACUACAAAGAGAGCAGAGCCCACAGCAUUUUGCCUCGUCCCCCAUCUCAACGACGUGAAGCUGAGAUCCCUGCUGCGAAGCUCAACAUUCCUCGCUGUAUUCCAGACAAUCAGAGGACAGUGGAAUAAGAGCAUCUGCUACCUACCGGACUAACAGGAAAAGCAUAUUACUGGACCCAUCAUGGCUCUUGUGAGAGAAAACCCAGACGUUGAACCUGCUAUUGAGCUAUUCAUAAAGGCAGGUCAUGAUGGACAGAAGGUGGGAAACUGUCCAUUUUGCCAGAGACUUUUCAUGGUGCUGUGGCUGAAGGGGGUCAAAUUCACAGUGACCACAGUCGACAUGAAAAAGAAGCCAGCAGAGCUAAAGGACUUGGCGCCUGGGACCAAUCCUCCAUUUCUUCUGUACAAUGGGGAUCUCAAAACGGACUUUAUCAAGAUUGAGGAGUUCCUGGAGCAGACAUUGGCCCCUCCCAGAUACCCCCACCUGAGCCCAUUGAACAAGGAGUCUUUUGAUGUGGGUGCUGACAUUUUUGCCAAGUUCUCAGCUUACAUCAAGACAGGACCCAACAACCAAUACCUUGAAACAGCCCUACUGCGGGAGUUCAAGAGGCUCGACGAUUACCUGAACACUCCUUUGCCGCAAGAGAUUGACCAGAACUCCGCAAACAACAUUUUAAUCUCGAACAGGAAGUUCCUGGAUGGCAAUCAUCUCACUCUUGCUGACUGCAACCUGCUACCCAAACUCCACGUCAUCAAGGUUGCAGCCAAAAAAUUCUGUAACUUUGACAUUCCUGCACAGUUCACGGGUGUAUGGCGUUACCUAAAUAAUGCGUAUGCCAUGGAGGAGUUCAGCCAAACCUGUCCUGCAGACAUUGAGAUUGAGAAUACCUACGUGAACGUGGCUGGCAAGAAGAAAUGAACCCUCGUCACCUUUGCCCAAACCCCACUGUCCACCUCAGUUUAAUGCAGAACAGUAGCACCAUUGGGAAGACGUUAGCAUUCCAGAUCUGUCAUCUUAUGAAAAUCUAUAAGCCCCUGACCACGCUUCAUGUGAGCGGGUCAGUUUCAUCAACAAUUAAAACUAGAUUAUUUAGUGGCUACUCUAGCCCUGCAAUGUGCAAGAGGGCCUGUAGAAAAAUUUAUAUCUUUCACUGCCAUAGACACAGUACAAUCUGCUGCAUGCUGAUUUUAUGAGUUUGACUUCAUUUGUAAUUUAAACAGAACAUUGUAACAAUAGUGUAAAUAUAUAUUUUACAGCUUUACUACUAAUUGUACAUAUACUUUAUAACUGGAGAUAAAUAAUGUAGAUUAGUCGCGACAUAUAAUAUCCAGUCCAGUCAUAGCCAGAUGAUGAAUAAAGAAAGCCACUUAAGAGUUCAGUGAUGGCAGUGGUGAUGAUGGCAGUCUAUAGUGAAGCUGGAACACUUGUAUAAAAUAGUUAUAUGGUACAAAACUUUUGCUUAUUCUUCAGAAACUUUUGUAAACUGAAACGACUAAUACCGAAACGCCAAAAAUUUUACGCAGUAAAUGUAGAAAGUUUUCAUUGUACAAUUCCUGCAGCAGUGAA